UGGUUGAAUUUCAUUCUUUACGGUGAGUUGGUUCAAUAUGAGGUUGACAUAAAAUAACAUAUUAUAACAUAUCAUAUAAACAUAUUUAUGAUUGGUUUCAGGUUCAAUUUACCAUGGGUGUGUAGCGUAUUGGCCUGUGAUAUAGAAAAAGAUUUUUCUGCAUUGAAAGAUGGCAGCACUUAUCUACAUAUAAUUUUAACCAGAAAUGGCGGUCAUUCGAAUCUUCUAUUGAUUGGUCAUUUUAUAAUUGAUUUCCUCGUUCAAAUGUAUUUAACAUAUUGUACACUCUAUUUGAUAUUGUCCCGGUGAAUAAAUUUCUCCAUUAAUAUCACCAGAAACCUUUAGAAAUUAACUUAAAUUUCAGAGCCAAAUAAUGACGUCACUCACGUUUAACAUUUCUGGAGAAGGUGAAUCACACAGGUGCGAAAUAAGGUCACCAAAAAUUGUCACCAAAAUGCAGAAUUUGCUGCUAUUAUCGGCAGUAAUACUUGCCACAAAUAUAGGAUUAGGUUCAGCCUUGUACUGUUACCAAUGUACUAGCGCCCAAGCAGGAUGUGGGGCGCCCCUUGACAUACGCAUGCAGAGAUGGCACUGGUGUCCUGAUGAUGCAAACCUUAUAGAAAACUUUUGCGUUAAAAGAAUACAAACUGUUGGAAGUAGAACAACUAUCGACAGAGGAUGCUUAUCAGAGUUUUUGAAAAAUACCUGGCACAGAACGCAGAUGCCGACAGUACGUCGCCAUGGUUACUGUGAGAAUGCGCGAGCAACGAUGGGAACAUUGACCUUCGAUAAAAAAUCAACAUAUUGUUUCUGCAACGAUUGGAAUGGCUGUAAUUCAUCCACUAACAUUCAAGCCAAAAUUGGACUUAUUUUCUCCAGCGUUGUAAUUGCAGUUCUCAGGUUUUUAUAGCGUGAUACUAUGUUACAUGUCUUUGAGUUAAAUUGAUCAUUCCAAAUAUUUAAGAGUCAUUCCGAAUUCCUAUAUGAGAUUGAAGGUAGAACUAACUUGCAAUUUGCUUACAUUUCAAUUUUGGCAUUUAAGAAUAGAUUUUUUGAAAUAGGGUGUUGUAUUCUGAUAAAGAGCUUUAUUUUGAGUUGUCAUUGUAGCAAAAAUAUAUAUCAUACAAUAGGGAUAUUUUUAAAAAAAAUCAGGAUGUACAAUAAAACCCUUUGAGGGUUACAUAUGCAACAAAUAAUUGUAAAAAUGGCUCAAUCUUGAAGACUCAGUGCCAUUGGUGUUAAAAUGACAUGUUAUAGUCACUGAGACGAGUUGAUCUUAUUAACCAAAAUCAUUUCUAUAUGAAGUCUAUGAUUAUUAAAUUUUAGACAAUACUGUACAUUACUGUACAUACUGUACUGUACAUUAAUUUCUGAGUUCAACCCUGAUAAAUGAAUAUAGAUUCCAACAAAUAGAAAUCAGCGGAAAUCAUUUUCAAAAAAAUCUCUACAUGUACAUAUUUGUAUAUUCUGCAAUUUAGCAAUAAUUAGAAUACAUUAUUUACCUGUUCAUUCCAAAAUAAAAUUUUUCAUUCCAAAUUAAAAUCACAUAUUUAAAUGUACAUUG